CGCAUCCCCUAUCUGGGCGGGCACGGACACACCGGAUCCCGCACCUGGGCACCGUCGUGCCCCGGUAGGAUGAGCGGCAGCGCCGGGGGAGCCGCGCCGGGCGCCGCGGGGCUCUGCCCCGGCCAUGGAUGAGGUCUCUUCUAUGGACAUUGAACCCCCAGCUGCCUGUGCCUGCUGCCUGUGAUGGAAGAACUUGAUGUGAAUGUGAGUUCCAGGGAGGGCUUUGGCACCGCGGAGAAGAUCCUGCUGCUCUCCUUCAUCUCCGCCGUCAUCCUCAUGGCCAUCCUGGGCAACCUGCUGGUCAUGGUGGCCGUGUGCCGGGACAGGCAGCUCAGGAAAAUCAAGACCAACUAUUUCAUUGUUUCCUUGGCCUUUGCUGACCUGCUGGUGUCGGUGCUGGUGAUGCCCUUUGGGGCCAUGGAGCUGGUUCAGGAUAACUGGGUCUAUGGGGAGAUGUUCUGCCUGGUGAGGACGUCCCUGGACGUGCUGCUCACCACAGCCUCCAUCCUGCACCUCUGCUGCAUCUCCCUGGACAGGUACUAUGCCAUCUGCUGCCAGCCCCUGGUGUACAGGAACAAGAUGACGCCGCUGCGCAUCGCUGUGAUGCUGGGAGGCUGCUGGGUCAUCCCAACCUUCAUUUCCUUCCUCCCUAUCAUGCAAGGCUGGAAUAGCAUUGGCAUCAUUGAUCUGAUCCAGCAAAGACAAUUCAACAAAGCCUCCAACUCCACCUACUGCAUCUUCAUGGUGAACAAACCCUACGCCAUCACCUGCUCCGUGGUGGCUUUUUACAUCCCCUUCCUGCUGAUGGUGCUGGCCUACCACCGCAUCUACGUGACGGCGCGGGCACACGCGCGGCAGAUCCGGCUGCUGCAGCGCGCGGGGAACCCCCAGGAGCCACGGCAGAACCUGCAGGAGCCACGGCAGAACUUCCAGGAGACACGGCAGAACUUCCAGGAACCACGGCAGAGCCUGCAGGAGCCACGGCAGAGCCUGCAGGAGCCAUGGCAGAACCUGCAGGAGCCACGGAAGAACUUCCAGGAGCCACAGAAGCACCUCCAGGAGUCACAGCAGAACUUGCAGGAGCCACGGCAGAGCCUGCAGGAGCCACAGAAGCACCUCCAGGAGCCACAAAAGCACCUCCAGGAGCCACAGAAACACCCCCAGGAGCCACGGCAGCACCUCCAGGACCAGCACAGCUCCCACCGCAUGAAAACCGAGACCAAGGCUGCCAAGACCCUGUGCAUCAUCAUGGGCUGCUUCUGCCUCUGCUGGGCCCCGUUCUUCGUCACCAACAUCGUGGAUCCCUUCAUUAACUACACAGUGCCCGGCAAGCUGUGGACGGCCUUCCUGUGGCUGGGCUACAUCAACUCGGGCCUGAACCCUUUCCUCUACGCCUUCCUCAACAAGGCUUUCAGACGUGCCUUCCUCAUCAUCCUGUGCUGCGGCGACGAGCGCUACCGAAGGCCUUCCAUCCUGGGCCAGAGCGUGCCCUGCUCCACCACCACCAUCAACGGCUCCACGCACGUCCUGAGGUACACGGUUUUACACAAUGGGCACCACCAGGAGCCAGAGAAGCUCCCCAUCCACCCUGAGCCUGAAUCCCAGGAGUCCUGCUCCUAAUCCUGGUCCAGCAGAGAGAGAACAGAUCCUGUCCUGGUCCUAAUCCUGGCCCAGCAGAUCCUGUCCUGCUCCUAAUCCUGGUCCAGCAGAGAGAGAACAGAUCCUGUCCUGCUCCUAAUCCUGGCCCAGCAGAUCCUGUCCUGCUCCUAAUCCUGGUCCAGCAGAUCCUGUCCUGCUCCUAAUCCUGGUCCAGCAGAGAGAGAACAGAUCCUGUCCUGGUCCAGCAGAGAGAGAACAGAUCCUGUCCUGCUCCUAAUCCUGGCCCAGCAGAGAGAGAACAGAUCCUGUCCUGGUCCAGCAGAGAGAACAGAUCCUGUCCUGGUCCAGCAGAGAGAACAGAUCCUGUCCUGCUCCUAGACCUGGCCCAGCAGAAGGAGAACAGAUCCUGUCCUGGUCCUAAUCCUGGUCCAGCAGAGAGAGAACAGACC